CUCACGCCCAUCGCGUCGCGCGCAGACUUCAACGCCUUGAUCGCUGGACCCAAGCCAGUCGUCGUUGAUUUCAUGGCGAGCUGGUGCGGCAAGUGUCGACAAAUCGCCCCGGAGGUCGACAAGCUCAUCGAUCAGUACCCGGAUGUCGUCUUCGCGAAAUUCGACACGGCGCACGCGGAUUUGGCGCCUCUCUCCAAGGAGUUGGGCAUCGAGGCCAUGCCGACUUUCAAGUUUUACAAGGACGGCAAAGAAGUCAACGAAGUGAUCGGUUACAAGCCUAAGCUCUUGCGCGACGCCGUU